CGCUCGGCGGCGGGGGUGAGGCGCAGCGCCGGCAGGAGGGCGAUGGUGGUGGCGUGAGGCGCGGCGGGAGCGGGCUGGCCGGCCGCCCGCCGGGGCAGGGGCGCGGGCGAGGCAGGCGGCGGGAGCCCGGUGCUCGCCAUGGGGCCGCAGGGGGACUGGCACAGCCGCGGGGCGCUGCCACGGUAAUGGGCAGCGGCGGCGCUGCCCCUGGGCUGCCGUGUGGUGCCGGCGCGGCGGGGAGCGCCCGUGUGAGGAGCCGGGCAGUCUUGCAGUCUCCACAUCAUCUAGUAUGUGAGGAACGAUGAUUCCAUGAGAGAACUUCCCUUCCGUCUUUUACUUACUCAUCCACUCGUGCUGUGUGCUGCUCCUGGCUGGUGAUGAGCCAUUCAACUGGACUAGGAUUUACCGUGAAGAUGGGAGAGGCAGCAUAUGAAUCCUAGGCAUCCCCUCAAGCAUCUCCUGCAUUAUUUUUACUGUACCUUUAUGUAAAUCUGCUAGCGUUGGGCACACACACUGUUAAACCUACCUUGGUAUUCCCAGAGUUGCUACUGUGUAAUAGAACUGCUAUUUCUCGCCACCAUGGCUUCAGUUUGGAAAAGACUGCAGCGUGUUGGGAAACAUGCGUCCAAGUUCCAGUUUGUGGCCUCUUACCAGGAGCUGAUGGUCGAGUGCACCAAGAAAUGGCAGCCAGAUAAAGUAGUGGUGGUUUGGACAAGAAGAAGUCGAAGAAAAUCCUCUAAGGCCCAUAGCUGGCAGCCUGGAAUCAAAAACCCAUACCGCGGGGUGGUGGUAUGGCCCGUUCCUGAAAACGUGGAAAUCACCGUGACACUUUUUAAGGAUCCCCAUGCUGAAGAGUUUGAAGACAAAGAAUGGACGUUUGUCAUAGAGAAUGAAUCUCCUUCUGGACGCAGAAAAGCGCUGGCCACCAGCAGCAUCAACAUGAAGCAGUAUGCGAGCCCCAUGCCUACACAGACAGACGUCAAGUUAAAAUUCAAGCCUUUGUCGAAAAAAGUGGUGUCUGCCACACUGCAGUUCUCUUUGUCUUGUAUUUUCCUGAGGGAAGGAAAAGCCACGGAUGAAGAUAUGCAAAGCCUGGCUAGUUUGAUGAGUAUGAAACAAGCUGAUAUCGGAAAUCUAGAUGAUUUUGAGGAAGACAAUGAAGAAGAUGAAGAAAACAGAGUGAAUCAAGAGGAAAAGGCUGCAAAGAUUACAGAACUUAUCAAUAAACUUAGUUUUCUGGAUGAAGAGGAGCAAGACCUGGCCAACUCCAGUACGAAUCCUUUUGAUGAUCCUGACGCAGCAGAAUUAAAUCCAUUUGGAGACCCCGAUGUAGAAGAACCGGAUGCUGAAAUAGCUUCAUCUUCAAAGCCAGAAGAAAGUUUCUAUGCUGACAAUUACAAUCCCUUUAAAGAUGACGAUGCCCCAGAGUACUUGAACCCAUUUGAUGAGCCAGAUCCUGAGCCCGAAACAUUUGUAACUAUAAGAGAUUCUCCUCCACAACCUGCAAAAAGGAAAAAUAUCAGACCAGUGGAUAUGAGCAAAUACCUCUAUGCUGAUACCUCCAAAGCUGAAGAGGAAGAGCUAGAUGAAUCAAAUCCAUUUUAUGAACCAAAAUCAAGCCCUGCUUUAAUUAAAGUUGCUCCGCUGCAAGAACCAGAGAAGAAGAUGAAAAGAAAGGCUCCUGAACCACCAAACCUCUUGCCAAAGACAGAGACAGGAAUGAGUGAGAACAUGUCAGCUAUUCCGGCGUCGAAGGAGCUUUCUUCUUCUCCCAAGCCAAGCCCAAUACCAAGUCCUGUUCUGGGGAGAAAGCCAAACGCUAGUCAGUCACUGCUCGUGUGGUGCAAAGAAGUUACAAAAAACUACAGGGGAGUGAAAAUCACCAAUUUUACUACGUCGUGGAGAAACGGUUUAUCCUUCUGUGCAAUAUUGCAUCACUUUAGACCCGAUCUCAUUGACUACAAGUCCCUGAAUCCUCAAGAUAUUAAAGAGAACAACAAAAAGGCAUAUGACGGGUUUGCCAGCUUAGGCAUAUCGCGACUGCUGGAACCUUCUGACAUGGUUUUACUAGCGAUACCUGACAAACUGACUGUUAUGACCUAUCUCUAUCAAAUAAGGGCUCAUUUCUGCGGCCAAGAGUUGAACGUGGUUCAGAUAGAGGAGAACAGUAGUAAAAGCACAUAUAAAGUGGGUAACUAUGAAACGGACACCAACAGCUCUGUCGAUCAGGAAAAAUUCUACGCGGAGCUGAGUGACCUGAACCGGGAGCCCCAGCUGCAGCAGCCGGACGGCGGGCUGGCGGACUUUGCUUCUCAGGAUGACUCCGUGUUUGUAAAUGACAGCGGCGUUGGAGAAUCCGAGAGCGAGCACCAGACCCCUGAUGACCAUUUAAGCCCGAGUACGGCCUCCCCUUCUUCUCGCAGGACUCGGAGUGACCCGGAUCCGCAAAAAUCCCAGCACAGCUCUGGAAGGACUUCUGCAUCGGAGGAGGUUGGGAAAGGCGGUAGUGCAGACACAACACAAGCGCAGCCUGUGUCGGGAAGGAAGAAAUUGCUGAAAGCUGACACUUUAGACUUGAGUGACUUGCCACAUGUCGGUGAUCAAAAGGAGGAUGCAUCUCCUACAGUUGUUUGUGAAGAUGGUGACAAGAAAAAGCACGAGAGUUCAGACAGUCCCAUUGGUUUCUCAGAGCAAGAGAAGCUGGGACAUCCAGCAUCCACUGAGAGCGCAAAACCAGAUCCUGGUUCGCCUGGCAAAAAGCCGAGUUUAUCUCCUACUUCUAAACUGGGAUAUUCCUAUAAUAACGAUGCAGAUCUGGUGAGGAAAAAGCGUGCUUCUCUGAGGCAAGCAGAAUCUGAUUCUGACCCUGAUGCCAGAACAGCUUUAAAUCAUGCAGAUCAAACAGCAAAAACAGCCCAGCAACGAAUGCUGUCAAGACAGGAAGAACUUAAAGAACGAGCAAGAGUUCUGCUUGAGCAAGCAAGAAGAGAUGCAGCUUUAAAGGCGGGGAAUAAGCAGCUAACCAAUACGGCCACCCCGGCCCGCAAUAAGCAGCUGAAUGAUCAGCAAGAUGAAGAGCGGCGUCGGCAGCUGAGAGAGCGAGCUCGUCAGCUAAUAGCAGAAGCUCGAUCUGGAGUGAAGAUGUCAGAACUUCCUAGCUACACUGAAAUGGCUGCAGAAAAGUUGAAAGAAAGGUCAAAGGCAUCUGGAGAUGAGGAUGAGGAUGAGGAUAAUAUUGAGAUAGAUACUAACGAGGAGGUUCCUGAAUGCUCUCUUACUGGAGGUGGAGAUGAGCUUACUAACCUAGAAAAUGACCUUGAUUCAACGGCAGAACAAAACAGUAAGUUGGUGGAUUUGAAGCUGAAGAAGCUCCUAGAAGCUCAGCCACAGGUGGCAAAUUCACUCUCCAGUGCUGCUCAGAAAGCUGUAACCGAUAGCUCAGAGCAAGACAUUAAGCAGAAUGGAGCAGAGGACCAUCGUGCUGAGCGGUUACAAAAAGCAGCAGAACGCUUUAGAAAUCCUGUUGUGUUCGGCAAGGACUCCACGGUCAGAAAAACUCAGCUCCAGUCUUUCAGUCAAUAUGUGGAGAACAGACCAGAGAUGAAAAGGCAGAGAUCAAUACAGGAAGAUACAAAGAGAGGAAAUGAGGAGAAGGCUGCGAUAACUGAGACUCAGAGGAAGCCAUCAGAAGAUGAAGUGCUUAAUAAAGGGUUCAAAGACACCAGUCAGUAUGUUGUAGGAGAAUUGGCAGCACUAGAGAAUGAGCAAAAGCAAAUUGACACCCGUGCCGCGCGGGUGGAGAAGCGCCUUCGCUAUCUCAUGGACACAGGGAGGAACACAGAGGAGGAAGAAGCUAUGAUGCAGGAGUGGUUCAUGCUGGUUAAUAAGAAAAAUGCCUUAAUAAGACGAAUGAACCAACUUUCUCUCCUGGAAAAGGAACAUGACCUAGAAAGGCGCUACGAGCUGCUGAACCGGGAGUUAAGAGCAAUGCUCGCUAUCGAAGACUGGCAGAAGACGGAGGCGCAGAAGAGGCGAGAGCAGCUCUUGCUGGACGAGCUCGUUCUCCUCGUGAACAAGCGGGACGCGCUGGUCCGGGACCUGGACGCGCAGGAGAAGCAGGCCGAGGAAGAGGACGAGCAUUUGGAGAGGACCCUGGAGCAAAACAAAGGCAAGAUGGCCAAGAAGGAGGAGAAGUGCGUCCUGCAGUGAGCGGCCUUCCCGCGGCAGCGGCGAAAUUGCGGCGCGGCUCUUCCCUACGGUUUUAAAAAUGUUGUCGUGAGACUGGAAGGAGAGAAAAAAAAAAAGGUGUUUUGAAAAAAAAUUUUAAACUUUUUUUCCCAUUUUCUUAGGCCAGAUGUAGGCUGCGCCGGGCCCCGCUCGGGUGUUUUUCGGUGUCCCUGCGGCUCAGCUCUCCCGCUGCCGGCGGGGACGGGGUCCCGGCCGCGUUUGGGAGAAGCGGGAGAAAAAUAAGUCCGUGCUGGUUCCUUUAGCUGGAGGAGGGCUGAGUUUUGAAAUAAAUACGUUUUUGUCGUAAUAGGAUUAGAGAGGGGGGAAUAGGGGGGAAAAAAAAUCAUUGGGAAUGGUUUCAUCUAGUCCUGCCAUAUGUAACACUUAAUAAGCUACCUACAUUUUAUAGUUAGGUCAGACCCGACCCAGUCGUUAUUAAAGUGUGCUGUAUCCACCAGUGUUUUAUUUCGGCGGCAGCUGGACGCAGCCCGGGGAGCCGCUGCCGACGGGGCGCGCUCGGGGCCGCGGUCGCGGUCGCCCCGGCCGGGCCGCGCCGUCUUUCCGCGUUAUUUAUUGCCGCCGGCCCGGGGGCCCCUCGGCCCCCAGCCCCGAGCCUAUUUAUUCCGCCCCGCUCGGGUCCGUGUCGUCUUCUUCGUGCCCCCCCCCCCCCCCCCCACGCGUGUCCCGCUCUCGCCUCGUCCCUUUCGUGGAGCUCUUCUCUGUUUAUUUAUUACGAUACCGAGUCAUAUAUGGAAUUUUCAAUAAAAGCCGGAUCUUUCUUACCGUAA